AAUCUCAUUUAAACACCCCCUCCUUCAUGAGCCGCAGCAGCUACAACACAUAACCCUUUCUCAGGAUAAAGUCCCACACCUCUCCAAUCUCCAUAUUCUGAGAACCCAGAAGCAAUUCUUUAAACCAGAGACGAGUAAAAAAAUGGCCACACUCCUAAGAUUCUACAAACCCUUGUUCCCAAUACGCCCCUCUUCACUCUUUCCCCCACCAAGGCUUAUUUACACCCACACCCAUAAAAUCUCAAUCGCCGGCACCACCACCGUUAAGAAGUGUCACAAAACCAGAAUUUCGCGUUUCAGUUUGAUGUGUCAUUCGGAGCCAUUGAUGAGCGAAAAUGGUAUCAGAGAGAUCAGCAUUGGUGGAGCCGGGAAUAAAUCAAGGGAGCUAUGGCUGUACAAUACGAUGAGUAGAAAGAAGGAAUUGUUUAAGCCAAAAGUAGAUGGUAAAGUGAGCAUGUAUGUGUGUGGUGUCACCGCCUAUGAUCUCAGCCACAUCGGCCAUGCCCGUGUCUACGUCUCCUUUGACGUCCUUUACAGAUACCUUAAGUAUCUGGGAUGUGAAGUUAAUUAUGUAAGGAAUUUCACUGAUGUGGAUGACAAGAUUAUUGUCAGAGCAAAUGAGUUGGGGGAGGAUCCCAUUAAGUUGAGCAGACGAUAUUGCGAAGAGUUUCUUAGGGAUAUGAUGUAUCUUUGUUGCAUGCCACCUUCUGUAGAGCCUCGUGUCUCUGAUCACAUCUCCCAUAUCAUUGAUAUGAUAAAACAGAUUCUUGAUAAUGGGUGCGCCUACCAAGUUGAUGGGGAUGUGUAUUUUUCUGUGGAUAGGUUCCCAGAAUAUGGAAGAUUGUCAGGCCGAAAAUUAGAAGAUAAUCGAGCUGGUGAGCGGGUGGCAGUGGACUCAAGGAAGAGAAACCCCGCUGAUUUUGCUUUAUGGAAGUCUGCAAAGGAGGGGGAACCUUUUUGGGAGAGUCCUUGGGGUCCUGGAAGGCCUGGAUGGCAUAUUGAGUGUAGUGCCAUGAGUGCUGCAUAUCUAGGCUACUCUUUUGAUAUACAUGGUGGGGGGAUGGAUCUUGUGUUCCCCCACCAUGAAAAUGAAAUUGCUCAGAGUUGUGCUGCAUGUGACAAGAGCAACAUAAGCUACUGGAUGCACAAUGGUUUUGUCACUGUAGAUUCCGAGAAAAUGUCCAAGUCACUUGGAAAUUUUUUCACGAUUCGGCAGGUUAUAGAUCUUUAUCAUCCAUUGGCAUUGCGACUUUUCUUAAUUGGGACACAUUAUCGAUCUCCGAUCAACUACUCAGAUUCACAGCUCGAAAGUGCGUCUGACCGUGUAUUUUACAUCUAUCAGACUUUACAUGAUUCUGAAGGCAUUUUAAGCCAGCAUGAUGGGGCAAGCUGGAAGAACUCCAUCCCAUCGGCAACAGUGAACUGCCUUAAUAAAUUUCAUGAUGAGUUUCUGACAUCAAUGUCAGAUGAUCUUCACACUCCUGUUGUUUUGGCUGCACUUUCUGACCCAUUGAAGAUUAUCAAUGAUCUUCUCCAUACGCGCAAGGGGAAGAAGCAAGAAUUUCGUGUAGAGUCGCUUGCAGCUUUAGAAAAGACAAUCAAGAAUGUUCUGUAUGUAUUAGGACUCAUGCCAACAAGUUACUCUGAGGUUUUGCAGGAGCUGAGGGAGAAGGCGCUGAAGCGUGCUCAGUUGACUGAAGAUGAAGUUCUGCAGAAAAUUGAAGAACGGAAUACUGCAAGGAAGAACAAAGAGUAUGAAAAAUCAGACACAAUUCGGAAAAAUUUGGCUGCGGUGGGUAUUGCUCUCAUGGACAGCCCUGAGGGCACCAUGUGGAGACCGGGUGUUCCGCUUGCAUUGCAAGAACAGCAGGUUUCAACAACUUGAAUCUUGUGGGGUCAUCAUUGUCUUAACCUCGCAUGACGACAUAAUCAGAUUUGGCAGUCAACUGUUUUCUCCAAAUCAAAUUAAGAAUGGUUUUAGAAUUUUUAGAUGUGGGCUGAAUUCUCUGAGGUAAAAAUUUACUGAUAGGAGAAGAGGAAGCCGGUAGCAGCGGAACUGCUGGUAAUGUAAUGAGACAUUUGUUCAAUAAAAAGCCAUGCAUUUGUUGCUAAUAUGCAUCGGGUUGUCUGGUAAUUUUGGUUUGCCAAAUGUAUAUUUAUUUUCCAUGUGUGUAUGUGAAAUGUGGCUUCUAUUUUUGUGGGUGGGAUGGGAUUGCGAUGCGGUGGUUAAACUCUUCUAACUUUUGGCUUCAAUGUUGACUUUGAUAUCUUGAUUAUCUAUGGUUUUGUAACAUCGCAAUAUUCUGUGCGAGUGUCUAUAUGUGCAAUGUGAAUUCUAUUUUUGUGGGUGGGGUGGGAUUGCGAUGUGGUGGUUAAACUCUUCUAACUUU